AUGGAUAAAAUUUCACAAAAUAAUAAUAAAAAUAAAACAAAUUCCGAACCUUAUGGUAAUAAUAACGAAAAACCUGAAAUUAUGAAUCGUCCCUCGUCGCCAAGGAAAUUCUUCGAAAGGCUUUACGGGCAUUUGGAAUCCAACAAAGAUGAAAGUCGCGAUAAAAUUUCCGAGGAAUUUAGUUUGCCUAAUUCUCCAAGCAGUUCAAAUAAUUCCGUCGAAAGUGAAUCUGAAAAGCAUGCUUUUUCCGUGUACGAAAGACAAAUGGAAAAUAGCAUGAUGAGACAAGGAUUUCCUUCGCAUUUCGAGAGUUUACGCGACAUGAUUGGAAUUUCCAGAGAAGCUCCAGUUUUUCCUCCAGGCUUGGCUGCAUUUCUGGCUCGUCGUCGUCGCAAAGAAGGACGUCCUCGUCGGCAACGCACGACAUUCAGCACAGACCAAACACUCCGCUUAGAGGUUGAAUUCCAUCGGAACGAGUACAUUAGCAGAGGUCGUCGCUUCGAGUUGGCGGAAACGUUGCAACUGUCCGAGACACAAAUUAAAAUUUGGUUUCAGAAUCGCCGUGCCAAAGACAAACGCAUCGAAAAAGCCCAAAUUGACCAGCAAUAUCGAAAUUUAGCUGCGGCAAAUGGCGCCUUUAUCGGUGCUUAUCAGCAUUUUGCGCCCUUUCCAUCGACAGCGAUCCCACAAAAUUUUUAUGAAAAAAAUAAAUUAUCGCUAAAUAGUAAUAGUAAUAAUGAUAGCAAUAAAACAAUUGAUUAA